ACCCUGCUCUGCCCUCUGCGAACUUGAGUCCCCAGGAUAUGGAGCUGAGGAAAUCAGUUAUAAGACAUAACUGCAUAGUUGGGGUUUUCCUCUUUUUAAGUUCAAAUACAUUAUAUUUGUUUGUCUAUCAUUUUGCAGUUCUGGGGUGGAGACAGAAGCUCGAACGUACCAGGCGAGCACUGAGUUAUAUCCACACACCCUUUAUGUUUGCUUGUUUUGUCCAGACUUGGUUUUCUUUUUUUUUUUUUUUUUUUUGGUUUUUUUUUUUUUUUUUUUUUUUUCCGGAGCUGGGGACCGAACCCAGGGCCUUGCGCUUCCUAGGCAAGCGCUCUACCACUGAGCUAAAUCCCCAACCCCCAGACUUGGUUUUCUUGAGACAAGAUCUCACACUCUAUCCUAGGGUAGCCUCUAAUUCGAAACACUCAGCCUCCCAAGUGCUAGGACUGCAGGCAGACGCCACCACACCCAGAUUUUCUUUGGUUUGGUUUGGGUUUUUUGGAGACAGAAUCUUGCUGUAUAGCUUAGGCUGGUCUUGAUCUUGGUAUACUCCAGUACACAGUACCACUAGCAUAUAUAUUAUAUGCUACUUUCUUUUUGGAGAGAUAUAUUUUAUUUGUGUGUGUGUGUGUGUGCCACGUAUAUGAGUGUCUCUGGAGUCCAGAAGAGGGCAACGGAUCUUCUGGAAAUGGAAUCUCAGGUAGUUAUAAGAUGAGGGCAAAAACCUGGAAAAGCAGAAAGGCUCAUAACCCAUGAACCAUCUUUCCAGAAACACGUGCCACUUUUUUCUUUUUGGUUGUGUGGUUGGUUUUUUGUGACAAGGUUUCUCUGUGCCCUGACUAUCCUGGAAUUCAAGAAGUAAACCAGGCUGACCUGGAACUGACAGAGAUCUGCCUGCCUCUCUGCCUUCCCAGGCCGGUGAUUAAAGGCAUGUGUCACCAUCUCCGGUCACAAAUGUUGCUUUCUUUCUUUCUUUCUUUCUUUCUUUCUUUCUUUUUUUUUUAAAGAUUUAUUUAUUAUUUAUAAGUACACUGUCGCUGUCUUCAGACACACCAGAAGAGGGCAUCAGAUCUCAUUACAGAUGGUUGUGAGCCACCAUGUGGUUGCUGGGAAUUGAACUUGGGACCUCUGGAAGAGCAGCCAUUUCUCCAGCCCCUUUAUGUUGCUUUCUUAAGGGCCUCGGGAAUACAACAACAACAACGUAACGGCACGAGAUGACUCAGUGGAUACGAGUGUCUGCUGCCAAGCCUGGCAACCUGAGUUCGAUCCCUGGGGUCCACAGAGUGGAAGAGGAGAACCAACUCUCUGACCCUAGCAGGUCCCGCCCUUGGAGUGGCCGGUGACUAAAGGGAACCUUGGGAAACACGCUCAGGUGGCUAUCGCGGCCGGGGUCUCUGCUCCUCCCAGAGAGAGGUGGUCCCGUGACGUCAUUGAGACUUUAAGACCCCUUGCCUCCGCCCUCAUUCCACUUUCGACCUGGGAAUCUUAGCGGUCUCUUUUGCAGGCUUGGAUAUCGUGGGUGGCCGAACCGGACAGGACGCCCUCGGACAAAGCUGACUGAGCAUUUGGUAAGUAGAGAGGGACAGAGAUGAGAGAAAGGAGAAUGGUCUCCAGCGUGAGACUGCAGGUGAGAGGAGUCGAAAGGGGCGGGCCUAUGCCAUUCUUAGGGGCCAGGUGGACAUUUAGAACAGAGGGUAACGGGGAGCCACGGCAUGGAGCAAAGCAGAACUGAUUCCCUUAGUAUCAACAUCGUGAAGAGCGACGUGAAGGACACAGGUGCAGCCUGUUACAGAAGGCAUUGGGGUCUUGAGCUUUAACUCCUAAAACUGUGUCGAGAGGGGAUAGGUAGCACGGCCUUUGGUCUAAAAGUCAAAAGAAUACUCCCAGCCUUGAAGCAUGCGCCUUGACUCUUAGAGGUGGAGGUGGACCCAGAAUGAGCUGGUAGUCUAGAAAAAUCUGCUUUGGGUUAAAAGGGCUUGUUUUUCCCUAUCUCUCUUGCCCUACAGGGUGGGUUGGGCCUGGCCUGGAAGGGUUUCCAGCAACUACCAGGGAUUGGGAGGAGAUGACCGAACAUAGGGAGGGCGGGAUUCCAAGGAAUUAGAGCUACCUGAAAGAGCUGUCGUUUUUCCACUUGAACCUUGCUUAGGUAGUGGGAGGAAGCUUGGGGUUUCAUCUGAGUGCCGAAGCGAUAAGGUCGAGCCUGAAACUUGUGGGGAGAGCCCAGCCGUUCCAAAAUUACACUCCUAACAUUUCACUGUCUUUGUUUUGAUAAAAUGUACCUGAGGAUGUGGCUCGGCUCCUAGAACGCUCGCUUGGCAUGCACAAAGCCUGCCUUUAGUCCCCACCGCAGCACUAACUGGGUGAGGUGUUCACACCUUUGGUGGUUAAACACCUGUAGUCCCAGCAUCCAGGGAGGUGGACACUGAAUGAUCAGGAGCUCAAUGCCAGCCACGCUGGGCUACAUAAGACCCUGUCUCAGCUAAAAUUAAGAACAAAACCUAAAAACUAGAACCCAGCUGUCACUGUGGGCUGGCCUGUGCCUCAGGUACAUCCUAUUUCCUGUCCUCUGCAUGAAGACCAACAGGAUUUCAUUCUCCACCUGUCACAGUCUAGGGAAGAAUUAAAUUCGUAGUCUGCUCUUGAUUGACCCAGGGAGUGUAUCUAUCCACACUGCAGAACACCGUGGUCGGCCAUCAAGGUGCUUAGUGCUGGUAUCACAGCUGGUGAGAAGGGAUGUCCAGAUCUGCCUCUCUUUAACAUUUUUCUUCUUUUAUCUCCCUCACACUGUAACAGCCCCCUCAACCUCAUCAUGGCCUCUACUGGUCUGCAAAUCUUGGGGAUUGUCCUGACCCUGCUUGGCUGGGUCAACGCCCUGGUGUCCUGUGCCCUGCCGAUGUGGAAGGUGACCGCCUUCAUCGGCAACAGCAUCGUUGUGGCCCAGAUGGUGUGGGAGGGGCUAUGGAUGUCCUGUGUGGUCCAGAGCACUGGUCAGAUGCAGUGCAAGGUGUACGACUCGCUGCUGGCGCUGCCCCAGGACCUGCAGGCUGCCAGAGCCCUCUGUGUCAUCACCCUCCUCAUUGUCCUGCUUGGCCUACUCCUGUACCUUGCCGGAGCCAAGUGCACUACCUGUGUGGAAGACAAGAAUUCCAAGUCUCGUCUGGUGCUCAUCUCUGGUGUCAUCUUCGUCAUCUCCGGGGUCCUGACCCUCAUUCCCAUCUGCUGGACUGCCCACGCCAUCAUCCAGGACUUCUACAACCCCUUGGUCGCAGACGCUCAAAAGCGAGAGCUAGGGGCCUCCCUCUACCUGGGUUGGGCCGCCUCAGGCCUUUUGCUGAUAGGUGGAGGGCUGCUAUGCUGCGCCUGCUCUUCUGGAGGGACCCAGGGACCCAGCCAUUAUGUGGCCCGCUAUUCUUCGCCUGUCCCACAUUCUCGGGGACCCUCCGAAUACCCCUCCAAGAAUUAUGUCUGAUGCCCACUGGGGAGUGAGGCUCUACUGGCCAGAGAACCUGAGCUGAGCCGUGAGAAAUGAUGUGGGGUAGUUUUUGGGGUUUGUCUUGUUCCUUGUUUUCCUUUUGCAAUGCUGGGUAUGAAACCUGGGGCCCCGCAUAUUUGGUAGGCAAGCACUCCACAGUGAGCUGUGUGGUACCCUGCCCCCUAGGGUUGGUUCCACCUGUUUUUGAGACAGGCUCUCCCUAAUGGCGCUCUGACUGACCUCCAGCUCUCGUUUUUUUUUUUUUUUUGUUUGUUUGUUUUUUUUUCCUGUCUCACCCUGAGUCCGAACUCCGCCUAUCGCUCCGUUACUGGCAUUUCUCGCUUUUACCUACUGUAGCUGGAGGGAUUUGACCCUGAGUUCCUGUGUCUUUAUUCAUUCUGGGGAUCUACUGUGCAAAGUGUUUUAAGGCUGCCUGUGAAUCUGGCCUUUGCGAUUCUCAAAAUGGCUUGUCCCGAGAGUUCCUGCUGUGGCUGGAGGUAACUCACAGGACAGACACACCCGCUCCUGGUCAAACUCUUCCCAGUCCUGGAAGGGCAGGUGAUAAUUUACCUAAGAAUUUUCAACUCAGUCUUCCAACCUUUGGCCCCUGAAUCCCAUCACCAAGGUUACUGUGUACUCUCCCCACAUACGGUCCCAGCUGUGCUGUAGACCCUCCUCCCCCUUACCUCUAACCUUGCACAUUUCCCUGCCCACACAAUGUUUUACUUAAUAAAACAUGAUUUUUUUUUUUU